GAGGGUUGUUUAGUUCUAUUCGAACGGUUCUCGAGAGUGGUCCGGAUUUUCUUUGCUCGCGAAGUUUGCGUGGAUCUACGGAUCCUGUCUGGCUGACGACAACGAACGACGGGUACAUCGGGUAAAAGAAGACAGGUCUUGGCUUCGCUGUCGCCGCGUACGCUGUUCGUGUUUGAGAACAGAAGAAAUUGAAGAAAUUAUGAGUUGAAGCUGAAUAAUAAUAAGGAGGAGGAGAACUGUGCUCGAGGAAAACAAGGAGAAGACGACGAACGCGACUACGUCGGGGUCCGGAUUGGUGAGUGCGUGUGUGAUGAAAAGAAGCUGUGCCCUGCUAGUGAAGCGAAAGCGAGUAUUUCGGAAAUAUGAUAAAGUGAAGCUGCUGCUGGAAGCCAAAUAUUUAGAAGAAUUGGUAAUGUUUGAGUUAACGACAACGAAAAGCAUGAAGCAAGUGUAAAGUGUGGAUGUGUAUACAAAGUUCAACGUACCCCAGUGAUAAAUCGGCGCAAAGUUCCUAACAAUUUACAAAACGAACGAAACUCAACGAAAGCACAACUCAACGAUGUCGUCAAAGGGUAACAUCCUGGCCUCGGUUCCGACCGUAAGCUGUGCCAUGCUGGUGUUGACACUGCUGCUGGCAAGCACGGGCGCAGGAGCUGCAGUCGAGGAGGGUGCGGUGGCACCGCCAACAACAAGUGGCGAUAAAAUGUCAUCAGCGAAUGGUUCGGGACCGCCCCGGCUGUUCCAUGCCAUCUUUCAAGGCUCUUCUGCGGCUGCAGCAGAGCUCAAGUCAUCAUCAUCAUCGUUGGAGAAGAUGCUGGCUGGCUCUAGCCGAAGUGCCGGAGCAGUUGAUAACAGUACCAACGACAAUGGCAGUAACCACAAGAAUCGCAGUCGGCAGUGCCGUCAAGGUUGCCUAGGAAAGCGCUCUAUCAAGGACAUCCUGUGCACCCAGCAGCGCGAGUGCGCCAUGUGCUGGGACGUGUGCAACCGUAACCACCAGAUUAGGAAGGAGAACGAACUAGUGCACCGGCUGCUUCUGAGCCUGAAUCGCAUGAUCCGGAACGAAUCCGUCGUGACGGCGGACAUCGAGUGGACCACGCCGGAGGAACUGCUCGAACACCAGCCGCAUCCGGGCGCUCCGUCACCGCUGGCAGCCAGCGAAAACGUAGAACGGCUGAGUCGAAUCGCGAGGGACGGUGGAAGCGGUUCGAAUGGGACUUCAUCCUCGUCGGUAUCGAAAAUCAUUCAGGCCCUCAGUCAGGCGUCUUCACUGCUGGGACCGGAAUCGAAAACGGUGACCAGUAGCAGCAGUACUAACGGCAGCGGUGGCGAUAAAACCUUCCAUCAGUGUCUAGUAUCGUGGGAGAUUUCCGGUGGAGGUCUCACCGGCAACCUGCUUACCGAAACUGCCAAAGUUGAGCUCUCCCUGUGGCCAAACACCAAAUACCACGUGCACGUCACCUGUCGGAAUAGGGAAACCGACCAACUGAUCCGGUCGGCUCCGCUGUUGAUCGACACCAGUGAUGCAUUGGUUGUGAGCCUUCACGGGACCACAACCACUACCACAACCACAACAACCUCGACGCCUCGGCCCCUGGCCGCUAUCAAUCGCUCGGUGAUCGAGGAAAUCGAAGUGGUUCAGGAGGCUACCGCGUUCGAAAGCGCCGCUGACGUCGACACCGAUGAUGACGCAGACGACGACGACGAGAAUGCUGUCAGCUACCAAAAAACAAAACCGAACCCGGCUCAACAUCGCCACAGUCUGUGGCCAAUCUACAGCAGUGCCACCGAGCUGCCGGGAAACUCCAAGGAAGUGCUGAUCCUCGGAGUGUUCGUUGCGAUACUGGCUUUCGUGCUGAUCGUGCUGACCGUCGUCAUUCUGGUCCGGCGGAAGCAGGACCAAAUCGAAGACCGGGAACUGCUGAUCGAGAGCGAGGUCCUACCGAAGAUCCUGCACGUUUGAUAGGAUAGUCGGCUGGACGGCUAUGGCGAUGACGACGACAACGAAGUCGGAGGGUGUUUUCUGUAAAUAGCUGUUUUUAUUAGGCUUCUACUCCCUUUUGCUCCUCCUACUUAAAUAACAAAUAUGAAAAAAAGCUUUCUUUCUAAUUUAAUGCCAGCUCACUCCUUUCCAGUAUGUAAAUUAUUGAUUUGAUCGACAUUCUGAUUUCCGAUUAGGUUAUCAUCGUGUGCGGCGAGCACUGCAGCAUUGGCAAAGGUCCAGAAAAUAUCCAAUAAUGUCAAAAUUAAGCUAAACCUAAACGGGCAGCAGCGAUCGUAUUGAGCAGGAAAUCGUGAAACAUAAUUAAAAACUAAUCGCAGAAAUUAAAGAAUGAUACUAGUCCUUUUUUUUUGAGAAUGAGUGAAAGCGAUGGGACAGAGAUGAGACAGAUAGCGAGUGUUUAUGGAAAGAUGCGAACAUGGAAGUGCUGUGAUGAGCAAUUUGACAGGGAAAUUAGCAAGGCGAGGGGAAGAUUGAAAAGAAAGAUAGAGAGCGAGAGAAAGUAAAAAUGUCAAGUCUUUAUUAUUAGAAGUGAAUGUGUUUAUAGUUAGAGCAGAUAGUAAGACGGGGGAAAACAAAAGUACGGGAAAAUGGGAAAAUUUUAUCAAAGUUACUAGGAGAAUCAAUACAAAUAAAACAAAAACAAAUAUUGAGGCAAAUACGAAUAAAUGAAAUUGUAAAAUAGGUGAGAACUAACUGAAAGAAAAAGAAAACCAAUCAUCCUUGUGUACAUUGUGUAAAAAGACUGAAAAUAAUGUAAAAUAAAUAAACUCGAAAUAAUGAAA